AUGGUAUCGAAACUUCAGAACGAAGUGGACCGCUUGACCGAGGAUUUGUCGCAGAUAAAUGCCGUUUAUAUAGCUGGAUCGAACAAAUGCACAGAACUUACUAUUGAAUUAAGUCAAUUAAAACAAGAACACGCACAAAAAAUGGAGGAGCUGAAGCAGUUAGACUUACGAUUGAGUCAGAAACAGUCAAAAAUUGAAGAGGGGCAAGUGGAAUUGAAAACAGCUCAGGAAGCAUUGGAUAAUCUCAGGAAAAGCCAUUGUGAAUCCAGCCAAACUGUGGUUGCAAUCAGCGCUGAAUUGGAAGAAACCAAAGCGGAAUUGAUACAGUCGCAGAUUCAACUGAAGAGAACCACCUCCGAAUUGCAGGAGGUUCAGCUGAUGUUCCAGGAAUUAGAAUACAACGUGCAUCAGUUGACGAAGCAACUGGAACAGUCCGAAUGGUUACGAACUACUGCCGAGGAAGCCAGUAACAAAGCCAUGGCAGAGGCCACCUCUACGAAGGUUGAAAUGGCUAAGCAGACAGAUAAACUUAAUAGCUACAGAAUGCAGUUGGAGGCAGCUAGUCAAAGAAUUUCCACAUUGGAAUCAGUCACGCGACAACAGGGGACGAGUUUACGAGGAUUAGACAAAGAAAGCUCUCACUUCUCGGUAGUGCAACGAGUGGAAAAGGAGUUAGCACACUGGAAAAAGUAUUGCAACGAGAAGGAUGCAGAAGCAAGGUCAUUACGUCAGAAAGUCAGCCAGCUGCAUUCCGAGUUGAUGCAUGCCCGCAGCUCGUUGGAAGCAGUGACUUCCACGCGACAUGUGGAAGAUUCAACGCGAAGUCGGUUCGAGCGCGAGCUGGUGGAAUUGAGAGAGCUCAAGACUGUUCUCACAGAACAAUCCGAAAACCAGAGGACACUAAUAGAAAAGCUACAAGAAGAAUUAAAGGCGGAGAGAAGUCGGGCGCUGGAACUGCGUUCAGUGGUAUGCGCAAAGGAACUCAGCGUUGAGAAGGCAUCGAACGAGGUCGAGAAGCUUUCUAAACUAAAAGAAGAACUGGAGGAAAAAUUGCGAGAAAGGCAGUCUGCAGUAGACGCACUUAACAAAGGGAUGGAGUCUUGUACAACUCGAUUGAACAGCACUUUGCAAAACCUAGCUCACAUCGAGACAGAGCUCUUAGAGACGAAGCAGAAGCUGGAAUUGGCCGAUACCAGCGCAAAGAAGUACAAAGAAGAGAAUCAACAAUACGCCAUAAUUGUGGAAAGCCUGGAAGCACGGCUUGUGGAGCGCAACACCUCACAUCAAGAUCCUAAGUCAACCACCGCAGUAUACGACCAUGGGAACCCAGUUGACCGUGCUCACACAACGAAAUUGAUAGGCGAGCUGCAGACAGUGAAGAAUCAGCUUGCGGAAUCCAAGAAGAGUGCUGCGUUAUUAAAGACUGAACGUACUCACUUACAAGACAAAGUGAACCGCCUGCAAGGGGAGUUACUCGCCCGCUCGGAUGCGUUGAAGCGAGCAGCUGAGGAGAUGGAUCGCAAUCGACAGGAUCACAAAGCGAAAGAGACCAAACUAACUAACGAGUGGAUCGAAUUAACGCGUCAGAUCGAAGCUAAAUGGAAGGAUGAGUGUGCGAAAGUGCAGCAAUUGCGCGGGCAGUUGGAGGAGCAGCGAAACUGUCAACUAUCACUGAUGAAAAACAAUGAUGAGCUGAAUAAAGAAAUAGCGCGCUUGCAUUCCACCUUAGAGGACCAAUGUGAAAAGAAAGUGACAUCCGUCUUUCUCAGUGCGGUUGACGGAACGAACCACACACAGCUGGAUCGACAACUACUGGAGACAAAAAGCCUAUUCGAAAUAGAAAAACAGGAAGAUCAGCAGACAAAGCUUAUCCUCGAAGACAAUCUGCAUCAGAAAACAGAAGAUUUGAAGCACUUUCCGCCAGAAGUGACUGCACGUAAAGGGAUUGACAGGUCCAUUCAAACAAUCGUUUCAACACAUGAACGUCCAGAAGAAUCCUUGAUGGGAACCAAGCGAUCGAAGAGGCAGUUACGAUUCACAGAUUCUGUUGCAGAGUUGGGCCAACUCGGGUCUUGGUCAGAUGCACCUACCGAUAACAUUUCGUCCAUGAAUUUAUACACGGAGGAUGAAAUAGUUGAUAUUCCAGAAGGCAACCAGAAUUGGACACCUCGAAGAACAAGCUCAAACCAUCCAGCCGGGUCGUUAGAGUCCAGAGUGAAGGCACUGAAACUGGCGAAUCAACAGCUCCGAGCUGAAGUUCAAGCCGCAUGCGUGGCAGUGCGUUUGAGCAACUACGACACCUCGCCGCUUGGUUCCGAAAUCUCCCAUAUGCUGAAAGAUAGCAGAGCACUUGAUUACAGUUGCCCUCACUUGACCGAUUUGCAGGUCAAGAGAACAUCUGUCAGUAAUCCACCUGGUGGAACUCAACAGCCAGAAAUAUGCGAAUGUCUCAAUGCUAAGUUAAGUAUGAGGAAGGGCGUUCAUGAACACGCUCACCCGGUGCGGACCGUGCAGCCAGGUGGAAGAGAGGAUGCAGUAACUAAGCUCCGUACAACAGAGGACAGGCUGAAACUAUCAACGGAGGGCAAAAACCUUGGGAUCAUGGCGACUUCUCUGAAGACCAAAAUACCUAGACGAAAUGCGUCACUCCAUCGAUGAUCGCAUCAGCAUGUGAAUUUCCAGUCGCAUUCAAUCAAGUAAACAGUGACGUCCCGUUAUCCCCUUAUUGAGGACAAGACGUGAAGUCAUUCACAUGUUUUCUGGAGUGUAAUCCUUCAUUAACAGACGACAGUUCAUGUGAGGACAUUUUCUCGCAGUCGUCAACCACAUACUUAUUGUACAUAUGGAUUGAACUCACGCACGAAAUAAUGUCUAUGAAUGCAAAAAAUUGCUAUUGUCCACCUUCAUCAGUGAAUUGCACAAAAAUGGCA